AUGGCACGGCCACUGCAGGGUGACAUCUCCGUGGGCAGGUUGGUGGCGAACUCCAAGCUGGCCACAGCCUACCUCUAUGGAAUCACCUGGCGUCAGGGUGCCAAGGAGGCGCAGCAGGUGCUCUUGAACUUCCUCGACCGCGGCAUGGAGGCCAACGCGUUUCACGCCAAUGCUAUCAUCGGGGCCUGCCAUGCGCGAGACUGGCGCAUGGCACUGUUCUUGCUGGUGGGCAUGGGUGACUUACGCAUGAGACCAGAUGGAGUGAGCUACAAUGCUGCCAUCAACGUGCUGGAGAAGGCCUCACGCUGGAGCCUGGCGUUGCACUGGCUGCGAGAGAUGCGCAACUCCGGUCUGCAGCCAAGUGCCAUAGGGUACAGCGCCCUGUUAAAUGGUGGUCAGAGCAGGUGGAAGAUGAUCCUCAGCACCUGGAGUGAAGCCAAAGUGGCAGGGCUGGACACAGGCACUAUGGGCUGUAGUGCGGCCAUUCGGGCUUGCUCUGCGUGGUGGCAUGCUGCAGAGGUUCUGUCAUCGAUGAAUUGGUUCAGGAUUCCAGCUGACCGCUGCACCUACAAUGCUGCAUUGCAUGGCAUCAGGUCGCAGUGGCAGAGAGCAUCGCAUCUCUCGAGGACCGUGACACCCGACGCCGUGGGUGCAAAUACUGUGAUCAAUGCUUGUGCGCGUGCUGGCCGGUGGGCACAAACCUUGGCGCAGCUAGAAGAUAUGGCAGUGAUUCAUUUGGAGACGGAUGUUUUCAGCUGCAGUACAGCUCUCAGCGCCUGCGGGCUCAUGGGAACUUGGGCGUUUGCUUGCCACGUCUUGGCCCAGUCUGCCAUGCGGAAGAUCCACCCGAACCACGUGACCAUGGGAACAGCGGUGGGCUGCUGUGGUGGCCAUUGGGAGGUUGCUAGUGACCUGAUGAUGGGUUUACCAGAGCUCCGCUUGGCCUCCGACCUCAUCAUGUGCAACUCCCACUUGGGUGUGUGCGCGGCCGCAGGGCGCUGGGAGGUGGUGCUCGAAACGCUGGCAGAGCAGCGAGAGGCCGACAGAGGGCACGGCGUGCGUGACCGGUUUCAGCGGGAUGGCAUCAGCUUCACGGCUGGAAUUUCGGCCUGCGAGAAGGGCAGCCAGUGGACUUGGGCUGUCAAGCUUCUGGAGAUGGCGAUGCACGAAGUGCCAGAGGUCACCGCAGAUGAUGUGUGUUUUAACGCUGCCAUCGAUGCCUGUGCCCGUGCCACUGCGCGGGCUCCUGCUUGGGCGCUGCUCUCGGAAGCGGAGCGCAGCGUGGAGGUCCGUGACGUGUCCUCCUUGCCCUGGGCACUGGCCAGGCUUCACUGCCAAGAUGCCUCCGUUGUCUUGGACGUCUUCAAGGACGUGGUCACCGUGGUCCGAGAUCCGAAGUCGCUGUCGCCCAAGAGGUGGUCGCUGAUGACCUGGGCGUUUGCCAUGCUUGGAGUCCCCGUGGCCUCUCACGAGGUCUUUCGGGAGGCGAUCAUGACUUCCUUGGAUGACUUCAACAUCGAUGAGUUAUCGAUCCUGUCAUGGGGGAUGAUGGACUUGGACGCGACUUCUGGCCUUCGCAUUCAGCUGGCUGCGGUGAGAGAGAUGGGCCGAGCCAUUGCGCCCAACCAGGACUGGGUCUCCUUCGCGAACUCGGUGCUGGGCGUGGUCUGGGCCUGGAACUUCUCCGGGUGCCUGGCGAUGCGCUUGGCGCGACAGGCGCAAGCGGUCUUGGCGCAAGGCUCCCGAGAGAUGGACCGAAGGAAGGGCACCAGGAACCUUCACCAAGAAGCAGAGGACGGUCCAUGCGCAACUCGGGGCAUUUCCCGCGAAUACCGCGAUCCCUGGGUGGUCCUCGACAUGUCGGAGGUCCUGGUCAUUGCCAAGCCACCAGGGUGGGAGGUCUAUGACGGCAAUGCUGAGCGGCAGCUAGCAGACUAUUUAGUCAACCUCCAGCGGGGCCGCCUUCCCAUCCUGACUGAUCUCAAGCAUGGCUGCGGUUUUAUUCAUCGAUUGGAUGUCCCGAGUUCUGGCCUGGUCAUCGCGGCGACCACUUAUCACGCCUGGUAUGACCUGCAAUUCCAGCUUGUCACGGGCACCUUGCUGCGAGAGUAUUUGGUCUUAGCUCACGGCUUUGUCUAUCGCGACCCUAACGCGCGCUGGAGCACCAUCGCGGCGCUUCUGCGCUGGAGCGAUGACGCGGUCGCCGCGGCGCACGGCAUGGGCAAGCCCUCCGAAACGCGGCUCCGAGUGCUGGGGCACGUGACGGACCCGUCGGGUCGUAGCUUCGCUCUGCUCGUGAUCCGCAUCGUCACCGGGCGGAAGCAUCAGAUCCGGAGCCAUUUGGCCUGGAAAGGGCACGCCACGGUGACCGAUGGGAAAUACACGGGCCCACAAACUCUGACGGAAGACUUGCGGCUCUGCGCCCGGAAUUUCCUGCACCGCUGCCACCUCUCUUUGCGCCGUGGGACGGUUUGCGUCGAGGAGCACCAUGUUUGGCAACCCCUGGCCCUGGAUCUGGUCGAGGCUCUCAGAGAGUUGAGGCCCAAGGAUCUGGCGGCGCAAAAGGCUCAGGAGACCUGGUGUCCGAAUUGGGUGAAGACACAGGUGGGCACGCCGAUUCCGCAACUGCCUGGGGUCUGGUACAUGCACGAGCGGCAGAAUCAGGAGGGCAAGCAUCAGCCCUGGCUCUUCUUCAAUGCCUCACUCGGCCGGUACUUUCGUCAGCGUGGAGACGCUGGGGGGAAGUGGGUUCAAACGGGAACACCGCACCACCCGGAGAAUUUGCCGGUGCGAAUCUCGCAUGGCUCUGCAUGUCUUCCUGCUGUCGGCGGUCGCAAAGACACAAUGGCGGUGAUGUUGCCUGAACUGCAUCGCACCUGCCAUUUGUUGAAGCAGCCACUCCUUUUUCUGGACCGACCAGCUGCACUGUUCCUGCUGGUGGAUGGCCUGCGGGAAUCGAGCGCGGCAGCGCUGUUUUGCGCGCAGAGAUUUCACACCUUCUUUCUGCCAAGGCUUAGCGCUCGGCAUGACGAGCCGGAGGACUUCGAACUCAUAGACAUGGUGAACCAGGCCGUUGAGGACCUGGACAAAUCCUUGCUUGAGAGCAAUGCCCGCUAUGCAGGUUGUGGUCUGGCCUUGUUGCUGGUGCUUGGCCAGCGAGUACUGGUAGCCAAUGUUGGCCAUUGCCGCGCGGUCUUGUGUACUCCGCCCAAGCGGAGCGCGGGGCCGCCCUCGUCCAAGGAUUUGUGGAACAUCCGACUCCUAGUGGGCGGCGGCCGCACGGGCAAAGCGCUGGCCGACGUGACGAAGUUGGAGCGGCUUCGGAGAAUGAAGGAAUACGCGCCCUUGGACUUCGAGGGAAAGGUGGGAGAUGUCCUCAGUGGCUCCAGCGCCACGGCCGAGGAGCUGGCGGCGAUCCCCGACGCGCGGGAGCGCGCGCUGCGGCGCGUGGCCCGCGCGGCGCACCACUUCGCCGCGCUGGGCUUUUCGGCCACCGAGGCUCUCACAGCCACGCCUGCCAGCGUGCAGAAGGCCGUGGAAGACUUCGAGAAGGCCGUCGGAGCCUCUGAUGGAAAGCCACUGUAUACCACGGCGCUGGGGCGGGUCAAGGCAGCUGCCAAGGCAGUGGAGGCAAUGCUUAGUUUGGACUCCUUUGGAGCACAUCAGCUGGCAGAGCUGUGUUAUGUCAUGGAUGACGAGGGUGGCAUCCUGUCACAGAAGCGUGCAGCAUCCAUUUUGGGUGUUGAGCCUGGCUGUGGGGAGGCAGCGGCCCAUGCGCAGGUGGACAUGCGCUACAGGGCGGUGCUGAGCAACCUGGCCAGCGCCUCGCAAGAGGGUGCUGAUCGGGCCUUGAGCAUCAUGCAGGAGGUGGUGGAUUCCGCGGCACGGCCGGUGGCGCAGCUUUGGGCACCGCCUCCAGAGCAUCGGGGCGUCGCCGCUGCACGCGCCAUGGGAUUGCGGGAUCUCAAGAGGCCGCGGAAGCUGGUGGGCCUGGAAAUCGUCAGCGAGGUGAUUGAUUUGGAGGACAAUAGCACCUUUAGCUUCAUGCUUCUCACCGACGCAAUGCGGGACGUCAGCGAGGCGGAGAUCGCCGAAGCGGUGACGUUGCACAAAGCUUGGUUCAAGCUUGGCCGGAACCUCAUUUUCCCCCAUGGCACCAUGCCGCGGUUGCGGAGUUCCUUUGGUUCGAUCCUUCUGGCAAUUCUCCUGGCGCGUUCUGUGCUCUUUGUGGAGCUGUCCUCUCCACCUCGGUUCAAAGUGGAGCGAGCACAACCGAUACAGCGGGAGCUUAGCGAAGUGCUCAAAACGGACGAGGAGUCCAGGUCCAGGUCGUCCGCGCCUUGGCCCUCUGCGCCUUGGCCCCUUUUGGGUGCCUUAGCCGCGCUGGUGCUUUGUGCCCAAGUGGCGCUGGCCACACCUGCAGCCACUGAGAUCCAAAGCGCACAGAGGCUGCCGGACUGGACGAGCCUUCUCAAGCCCGAGUGGCGCGCGGCGCUGCGCGCCGAUGAGAAGGCGGCCUGGAGGCGCGUGCCCAAAAGCGUGCUCAAACGACUGCGCGGCGUUGCGGCUGAUCUGGCAGAUUUGCGACAAGAUGUUUAUGACGAAGAUUGGCAGAACAUGGCGAUCUAUCCAAACCUCUUUCAAGCUUACUUGCCAGUCUUCACGCGCUACACGGAUUCGGCCUUUCCAAGCCAAAGUGCCGUGGACGAGUCCCUGCGCUUCUCCUUGCGCUACGAGGUAGGAGCUUUCUAUCGACAUCUGCGGGAGCUGGAAGUGGCCGUGGAAGAGAAGAACCUCCCAGGCGUGGAGGAAGCCUCGGCCUUGAUGAGCCUGUCCUACGACCGGUAUCUGAAAGCAGGAGAUCUCUACGAGGGCUACGAUGCGGACCAAGGUGGGGAGCCCCGCAGGAUCUUGACCUUAGACAAGAUUGAGUUUGAGCCACCGGCCUUGGAGCCGCCCUUGGUGCGGGAUGAGGUGGUGAUCCUCGUGGGGCCCGACAAGGGGCAAACGGGGCGGGUGCUCUGGGUGGCGCGGGUGGAUGGGAAACCCAAGUUUGCCAUCGUGAGCUUGAACUACAACAAGGAAUUGCAAGAUUCCGAGGUGAAGACCUUCAACUAUGCCUGGCUCGCGCGCACCAGCAGCUCCUCAGAUCAGCUCUCGAAGGAUGCGCUCUGCGGCUUCGUGGCGGCCUGCGUGGCCUGCAGCGUGGUCUAUCCCAUCGACUCCUCCAAGGUGAGGCUUCAAACGGGGCGCUCCGCCUUUCCGAAGGCCGAGGAGGGCGGCUUUCUCGCGCUCUACGACGGUUUGCUACUGAAUCUGGGCCGCGAGGCUCCCAACGCCGCGAUGUUGCUGGCCAUUUUCAAUUUCCUUAAACGUGCAAUUUUCAACUGGGUCCUCCAACUGCUCAACGGGAGCCUUUCCAACGCCACGCUUCUGCGCUUCGCGGCCAUGGUCCCAGCGGGGGCCAUCGCGGAUGCCGUGGGCUCCACGGUGCGCGUGCCCUUUGAGCUCAUGAACAAGCAGGUGCAGUCUGGCCGGGCGCAGAACUUCUCGGAAGCCUUUGAGGUGGUCUUUUCAAGACCUGGCGCCUCGCAGUUUUACUUCGCCUCUUGGGCUGCGAUCCUGGUGCGGGAUGUGCCCUACGGCACUCUGCAGCUGGUCUUUUUCGAAUUCUUUAAGGAGUUCACUCCGGCGUACCUGGAGCCCUUGGGUUUCAGUUUGUUCGCGCAGCGCUUGGUCUGGGGCUUCUUGGCCGGGCUCUUUGCGGGUGCCCUCACGGUCCCCGUGGACAACGUCUCCACGGUGGUGAUGACGGAAGUGGAGGGCGCCAAGGAGGACAGCAGUGUUCUUGACCUCGUCAAGGGCGCGGCCUCAAAGAUUUGGACCACCAAGGGCUUUGAAGGCAAGCCGAAGGCUGCCUGCCUACGAAUAGCCCAUGGUGCCAUGGCGGCCAACAAAAAGAAGGAGACGCCGUCGGAACAGGCCAAAGCGGUGGGCGCUUUAGCCGCCUACAUUGACAUUAGCGACGACUACGUCACCGAGGAGAAGGCGGCCACGAAGAAGCUGAAGACGGCCGAUGGGAGAUGCAUGCCUUCGGCGAAGCCGCCCUCGAGGAUUCGCAUCGCUCACAUCCUUUUGAAAUGUCAGCCUGCCACGGGUGUGGCGCCCUCCGAUCCGCAGGCGAGGCGAGCAGCGCCAGCCGACCGGACGCAGGCCGACGGAGAGGCGCAACUUCUCAAGCUCAUGGAGGUGCUGCUUGAAGAGUACCACAAGGGCCCAGAAGCGACCGCCACGAAGCGGGUGAGCGCCAAGUUCGCCGAGCUCGCGCGGGAGCAUUCGGACUGCAAGAGUGCCACCAAUGGGAGCUUGUCGGAUCUAGGAUGGAUCAAUCAAGGCCAACAUGGGAAGGAGUUCGAUGCCGUGGCAUUCGAGCUUCCAGUCGGUGGUCUCAGCGACAUCAUCGUCACCCAGCGUGGUGUCCACGUCUUGCUUCGUCUCGCGUAG